AUGUCCCAAAUGGGGCUUCUUCGUGUUUUACUACCCUAUAAAAGCCUGGAAGGUUUGCAACAUUUGAUCAUUAUUAUCAAGCAAAUUAAGAUUGUUGGUUUAUUCAUUAAACUUCGUGAAAAUCCCAUGGCAAUUGUUGUUUCAGCAUUUGCUGCAUUUGGUGGCUUUUUAUAUGGUUAUGACACCGGUACCAUUUCGGGAAUAAUCGAUAUGCCAUUUUUUCUGGAAAAAUAUGGUUAUCUACAGAACACUGGCACAGCUAGCCGUAGUCAAACACAAAUCAAUGAAGGAACACGUCAGUGCUGUUACUACGACACAAAAGGUAUUCCAACAAUUGGCGUCGGCUUCAACUUACAACGUUCCGAUGCGGCAACUGUUCUAGCGAAAUAUCGCUUAAAACUAGCCGACGUGAUCAACGAUUGUAAGAAAUCAACGAAGAAAGCAUGUCUGACUGAAUCACAAGCAACGGACAUUUUCAACAGUUAUAUUUAUCCAGAAGCAAGCAAUUGUGCGUCCGAAUAUGUUUCAGGAAUGCCGACAAGUGUUCAUGCAGCACUGACUGACGUCGCGUUUGCUGGAUGUGGUACACUCAAGCAAUUUGUUAAAAUGAAAGCAGCGUUAGACAAAAAACAAUGGAAAACAGCGAGUGAAGAAUUAAAAAGUUCGAAAUGGUGCGCGGAUGUCAAGUCAACACGGUGCGGACUUGAUGUAGCUUGUAUUGCAUCCGGAAAAUAA